GCCUGCACUGUUACUCGGACUAGCAGAUAUUGACUUUUAUGUGCAAUCAGGAAGCCAUGACCCUGGCCUCAAAAAUCGACGCUUGGUUUACGGCUGCCACUGCUUCCUGCUUUUGAGGCUUCCUUCCUGCCUUCCUUGCGUUCUCUUACGGCGUCCUUCGACCCUCGACUGGUGGCAUAUCUGCCUUCUCUUUGCUCCGGCAGCCUUUUGCGCUGUAUCUUCAUCUUCCGCCACUCGUUCUUCUCCGCGACAUGUGCUGAGCACCCUUAGCCUUUGUUGAUUGCAUAGUUUGAUUGUCGCCGUAUCCUUACCUCUACUCUUGCUCAAGAUGGUUGUCGUCGAUCACCACGAAUACCUUUGUGAGGAGGAAAAGCGUCUCAAAGAGGACCGAGAACGCACCAAGUACUGGAAGAAAUGGGGACCUUACGUUGCGGAAAGGCAGUGGGCAACGGUCCGUGAAGAUUAUUCUGACAACGGAGAUGCUUGGAGUCACUUCUCUCAUGAUCAAGCGAGGUCAAGAGCUUACCGGUGGGGCGAAGAUGGCAUUGCUGGCGUGUGUGACAGCCAUGGCAUGCAGAACGUCGCAUUCGCUUUCUGGAACGAGAAGGAUGAUUUCUUGAAGGAAAGACUAUUCGGCCUGAGCAAUCCACAGGGAAAUCACGGCGAGAGUAUCAAGGAGGCGCAUUUCCAUGUGGACAAUACGCCCACCCACUCAUACAUGAAAUACCUCUACAAACUACCUCAAAGAAAAUUCCCGUACGAACAGUUGGUCGAAGAAAACGCUAAGCGUGGGAAACAAGAGCGCGAGUUCAACAUCAUCGACUCCGAUGCCUUCAAAGACAAUCGCUACUUUGACAUCUUCAUCGAGACUUGCAAAGAGGCAGAUGAUCCAGAAGAGCUGUUGUUCCGUGUGACGGCAUACAACCGUGGUCCAGAGUCUGCACCUCUGCAUAUCAUCCCCCAUAUGUGGUUCAGAAACACUUGGACUUGGGGCCAUGAGUCUGAAAAGCUGAAACCAAACAUCCGCAUGGUCGGUCCAAUGACUGCUCAGUCGAAGCACCACAAACUGGGCACCCGUUUCUUUCAGUUGUCACCGUCGCCCGGAUGUGGUGGGGAUGCGGAUGAUGUCCAUCCACAGCUAAUGUUCACGGAGAACGACACAAAUACUGACCGGCUUUACGGUUCCAAGAAUAAGCAACCCUAUGUCAAAGACGCUUUCCACCGAUGGAUCGUGGAUGAAGAGAAGGGUGCUAUCAAUCCUCGUUGCUCAGGGACGAAAUGUGCUGCUUGGUAUGACUUUGGACAAGGAGAAGGUGUGCCUCCAGGGGAGUGUGCUGUGGUCAGAUUCCGGUUGUCGCGCAAGUAUGAUGGCUACCUUAAUGAAGAGCUUCUCGACGACAUCAUGGAACAAAGACGCCAGGAAGCCGAUGAAUUCUACUACCGAAUCAGCCCACUGCCUAUGGCUGACGACCUAAGGAAUAUUCAGCGACAAGCCCUUUCCGGUAUGCUCUGGUGCAAGCAACAUUACUACUUCAUCUGGGACCAAUGGGCUAACGGCGAUCCUAACAUGCCUCCGCCACCGCCUAACCGCAAAGGUGUCCGCAAUGAACAUUGGAAGCACAUGCAUCUGGACGACAUCCUGUCCAUGCCGGACUCGUGGGAGUAUCCUUUCUUCGCUGCAUGGGAUUCUGCAUUCCAUUGCAUCCCACUUGCCAUGGUCGAUCCAGAAUUUGCAAAGAAACAGCUUGACCUGUUCACCCGAGAAUGGUACAUGCAUCCCAACGGACAGCUGCCGGCGUAUGAGUGGAAUUUUGGGGAUGUCAACCCGCCUGUACAUGCUUGGGCUGUCUUCAGAACUUUCAAGAUUGAACGCAAAAUGUACGGACGGCAAGACCUUGACUUCUUGGAACGUGUCUUUCAGAAACUCCUUCUCAACUUCACGUGGUGGGUUAACAGGAAAGAUUUCGAUGGCAAGAACGUGUUUGAAGGUGGUUUCUUGGGCCUCGACAAUAUUGGUCUUUUCAACCGUUCCGAGCCUCUGCCUACCGGCGGUGUGCUGGAGCAAGCUGAUAGCACGGGAUGGAUGGCCUUCUAUUGUCUAUGCAUGCUCAACAUCUCACUGGAGCUUGCAAAGCACCGGCGGAUCUACGAAGACAUUGCUUCAAAAUUCUUCGAGCACUUCAUCUUGAUUGCCGAUGCCAUGACUUUCCGUGCUGGCGGUAAGGAGAAAAGUCUGUGGAACGAUGAAGAUGGAUUCUACUAUGAUGCGAUCUCUUGGGGCGGCCCUUGGACUCAGCAAAUGCCCGUGCGCUCCUUGGUCGGCCUCAUUCCUCUCUACGCGGUUUGCACUCUGGAGCCGGAACUUAUCAACAAGUUCCCCAACUUCAAGCGAAGAAUGGAGUGGUUCAUUGAAAAUCGCCAUGAUGUCGCAGAGCGCAACAUUGCCUCUAUGCGCAAGAGAGGUAAAGACCAGCGUCUGCUCCUGUCGCUUGUCAGCAAGGACAGAUUGGAGAAGAUCCUGAAGAGAAUGCUGGACGAGACCGAAUUCCUCUCAGAUCACGGCAUCCGCAGUUUGUCCAAGUACCACGAGAAUCAUCCUUAUAGCAUGGACGUCAAUGGACAACAGUUCAAGGUCAGCUACGUCUCCGGGGACUCAGACUCUGGCCUCUUCGGUGGCAACUCGAACUGGAGAGGUCCUAUUUGGAUUGCUGUGAACUUCCUGCUUGUCGAAUCACUACUUCGCUUCUACAUGUUCUACGGCACAAGCUUCCAGGUAGAAUGCCCUACUGGUUCUGGUGAAUAUAUGCACCUGGGCCAUGUUGCUGAAGAGAUCCAGCAUCGUUUGCAGCAUCUCAUGGUUCGAGAUAAUGAAGGUCGCCGUGCUAUCAACGCGGGCAAUGAUACUUUGGACUUCGACCCACACUGGAGGGAUUACCUAUGGUUCUUUGAGUUCUUUGAUGGCGACACUGGCCGCGGUCUUGGAGCUUCACAUCAAUGUGGAUGGACUGGUCUGAUGGCCAAAAUGAUCCAUGACACUGGUAUCAAUUGCCGUCUACCACAAACUCCGAGGACACCAUCCACGGCCGCUGCCCAUUACUUCGACGAUAUCUACGGCCGGGGUAUCACGAGGAAGAACACCUACGUCGGUACACCGGGUCCUGCACCACGUAUGCGACGGUCCUCAACCUCUCGUUCGAUCGGCAAUCGGUCAAGUUUCGUCUCCAGCGUCAAUGGUGACCAGAAAUCCGAGGAUGGUGAUGAUGGUGAGAACGGCUAUUUCCCUGAAAUGCCAUCACAGUCUCAGCUAUCAGAGUCCGACGCUUGGGGCCAAGAGGGCCAGCUUGAAAAGGAGCGCCGAAAGAGCGUUGCCGAUAGCCAUUACGAAAAGUAUGUUGGGGAGCAGCUCAGCCGGCUCAAGACAGACGAAAGUGUCGCUGUCUACGAGGAUGAGUUUGAGGCUCAGCUGGAUUAGAGGGCUUCCGCAAAGGUGGCGGCCUCCACACCUGGAAGCUCAGCGGUACAUUCCCACCCUGUACAGGUUGAACGGUAGACUUAUUAUUAGACGGGCAGUAUAGAAGGAAGACAAGAGCAGAUGAUAUUUUUACACAAGCGUUUUGUAUGUGCUACCUAGCGUAUUGUCGAUCAUAAGAGUAGAGCGGGAGGUGUAAC